AUGCUGAAGGGACUCACUAUCGAGCUGUGGAAAGCAGGCAGGACCCCCAGCCCUGGAGCACAGCAGGCUGCUGCUGAGCCUCAGCCCCACAGCCCUGGAGCACAGCAGGCAGGUGCUGAGCCUCACCUCCUUUGCCUGGAGGUCUCCGGUGCCAGCUCGGGGCACUGGUUCCUGGAGGUCUCCGGUGCCAGCUCGGGGCACUGGUUCCUGGAGGUCUCCGGUGCCAGCUCGGGGCACUGGUUCCUGGAGGUCUCAGGUGGCAGCUCGGGGCACUGGUUCCUGGAGGUCUCAGGUGGCAGCUCGGGGCACUGGUUCCUGGACGUCUCAGGUGGCAGCUCAGGGCACUGUUUCCUGGAGGUGUCUGGUGCCAGCUCGGGGCACUGGUUCCUGGAGGUCUCAGGUGGCAGCUCAGGGCACUGUUUCCUGGAGGUCUCCGGUGGCAGCUCGGGGCACUGGUUCCUGGAGGUCUCCAGUGCUAGCUCAGGGCACUGGUUCCUGGAGGUCUCUGGUGCCAGCUCGGGGCACUGGUUCCUGGAGGUCUCUGGUGCCAGUUCAGGGCACUGGUUCCUGGAGGUCUCCGGUGCCAGCUCGGGGCACUGGUUCCUGGAGGUGUCUGGUGCCAGCUCGGGGCACUGGUUCCUGGAGGUCUCCGGUGCCAGCUCGGGGCACUGGUUCCUGGAGGUCUCCGGUGCCAGCUCGGGGCACUGGUUCCUGGAGGUCUCCGGUGCCAGCUCGGGGCACUGUUUCCUGGAGGUCUCCGGUGGCAGCUUGGGGCACUGGUUCCUGGAGGUCUCCAGUGCUAGCUCAGGGCACUGGUUCCUGGAGGUCUCAGGUGGCAGCUCAGGGCACUGUUUCCUGGAGGUGUCUGGUGCCAGCUCGGGGCACUGGUUCCUGGAGGUCUCUGGUGCCAGCUCGGGGCACUGGUUCCUGGAGGUCUCUGGUGCCAGCUCGGGGCACUGGUUCCUGGAGGUCUCUGGUGCCAGUUCAGGGCACUGGUUCCUGGAGGAGUCUGGUACCAGCUCGGGGCACUGCUUUCCAGCAGUGUAGCCUUCAGCACUUCCUCCCUGUUGGAGGGCUUGGGGCGGCAGAGCAGCUGGAGCAGCGGAAGGUGCCCACGUCCCUGGCACAGCUGCAGACAAGCGGAGCAGAGCAGCUCCCUGCCCAGCCCAGGAGAGCUGCAGUGUUCUGUAAGGACUCUGAAAUGCAGCUCUAGGAGCUGACAGCUCCGAGGGGUCAGUGCCCAGCAGCAGCUCCUCUGUGGUGGGAGCUCUGGAGGUACAUUUAAGACAGCUAAGCCAGGAAGAUCAAGCCCCUAAACAAGUAGCUGAGUUCAAGUCUCUCCAAACCAAAGAGUCAGCAGCAAGAAGAACUGAAAAUAACCUGGAAUGUGACAGCUCCUGGGGCUUGGUGGGCAGCCAGAAAGCUGGAAUGCCCAGGAAAGGCCAGCUGGAAGGACUGAGGCUUGCUCUUCCUGCAGCACCUGGAAGAGCCCAGCACCUGCCAAUCCUUUGUGACCAAAGGCUGACGUUACCAGGUUGUUCCAAGGGAGCAGGUGGAGCAGCAAGCAAGAGACAGGGCAGUAGGAGCAGGCAAAGGCAUGUUCUGUUGUUGAGUUGCCAUCACUCAGCUCUUCUGUGACUGCUAGGGGAGCAGGCAGGGGCAAAGUGAAUGGUUCUGUACAUACUGAAACUCUGCAAUAAAUCAUUUCUACUUCA